CUUGUUUGUUAUGUUCACUGUGACUAAUCUGUUCCCAUUGGAAACGGUGAUAUAUCCUGGGUUACACAAUGGUGUUGGCGAAUGGAAAGCUGCAUGCGCCACUACGCAUGAGUUUACACUACUUCCUCGUUUACAAAACCGUACGGCUCCAACUAAAUUACACAUUUCGAUUGUUAAGGAGUGGGUGCAGUGGAAACCACACAUGUUUACCUAUCAGACAGUUGAACAUCUCUCUUAAUAGAAUGGACAGCGAGAAGAACAUUGAAAAUAGGUCUAUUCACUCGGACAACGUCGAGGAAGUUCAUAACGUGCCAAUGGAAGUUAUCAUACGACCAAUCCCUCCUCUACUAGAUGAGUCCAAAGUUCAGAGCCUUAUGGGUACAAUCCAGGAAUCUACAGACAUCAGCAUUGUUCCUCCUAUUGAUAUACUCUGGAUCAAGGGCAUGGAAGGAGGGAAUUACUACUACUCCUUUGGAGGCUGUCACCGGUUUGAGGCAUACAAACGGUUGAAAAUGAACACCAUUCCAGCAAAGAUCUUCAAAUCAAAUGUUGCAGACCUACGCACUUACUUGGGCUCUUCAACCCCAGACCUACAUUGAAGAAGUUGGGGUGGUAGGGUAGCCUAGCGGUUAGAGUGUUGUACUAGUAACCACAAGUCUGUCGUUCUGCCCCCUGAACAAGGCAGUUGAAAAUAAGAAUGUGUUCCUAGUGAAAUAAAGGUUUUAAAAAAGUUUAAUUAACUGAGGACUGUUUUUGAGUCAUAGUCAGUAUGAGGACUGUAUAUGUGGGUAUACUCUACACGGAGUGUACAAAACAUUAGGAACACCUGCUCUUUCCAUGACAUAGACUGACCAGGUGAAAGCUAUGAUCCCUUAUUGAUGUCACUUGUUAAAUCCACUUCAAUCAGUGCAGAUGAAGAGGACAAUUGAGACAUGGGUUGCGUAUGUGUGCCAUUUAGAGCGUGAAUGGGCAAGACAAAAUAUUUAAGUGGUGGUAGAUGCCUGGUGCACCAACUUGAGUGUGUCAAGAACUGCAAAGUUGCUGUUUUUUUCACGCUCAGCUGUUUCCUGUGUGUAUCAAGAAUGGUCCACCACCCAAAGGACAUCCAGCUAGCUUGACACAACUGUGGGAAGCAUAUGGGCCAACAGCCCUGUGGAAUGCUUUUGACACCUUGUAGAGUCCAUGCCCUGACGAAUUAAGGCUGUUCUGAGUGGAAAAGGGGAGUCAAUAUUAGGGAGGUGUUCCUAAUGUUUUGUACCCUCAGUGUAUGCAGAUCAGGGGUUUCAGUCAUAAUUGUUUGUAAGUACUGGCCAGCAGGUGGAGAUGUGACGGUUUUAUAUCAUGACAUUAAAUUAAUUUCCCUCAUGUAUCACCUUAGACGCUGAAAGCUGGAACAUUAUAUUUCUACAUACAAAUAGCCCCAAUUAAAUUAUAUAUCAUGUAUAGAAUUUUUUUAAAGAUUAAUGAAGAGAUUAACUUAAUUUGAAGUUGUAAACUUGCUUGUAUUCUAUACUGGCUGGUGUUUCUAUCUGCAAUGUAAAUGUUAAGUUAAAUGAUUAUGAUGCAAUUAAAGACAGUGUAAAUUCAA